GACAUUCACCAAAGCUCAACAAAAUAAAAUGGCGGAAGCGGUAUUUGCCUGAGUUGUCAUAUUAAUCAAUAUUUAGAAUCAUUGUUUUUAAUGUUUAUUGACACAAAUAGGGGGUAGAAAUGUCUUCAACGGAGCCCUCACAGAACAAAACAUGGGAACUUUCCCUUUACGAACUGCACCGAACGCCGCAGGAAGUAAUCACGGACGCAACAGAGAUCGCAGUAUCCCCGCGAAGUUUGCAUAGCGAAUUGAUGUGUCCAAUUUGUUUGGAUAUGCUGAAAAAGACGAUGACCACAAAAGAAUGUCUUCACAGGUUUUGUUCUGAUUGUAUCAUAACCGCCCUGCGGUCUGGCAAUAAAGAAUGUCCGACUUGUCGAAAGAAAUUGGUAUCGAAGCGUUCCCUUAGACCAGAUCCAAACUUCGAUCUGCUCAUAUCUAAAAUUUAUCCUAGCAGAGAUGAAUAUGAGGCUCAUCAAGAGCGUGUGCUUGCGAAAAUAAAUAUGUCUCACUCACAAGCCUCCUUGGUAAAUUCUAUUACUGAGGGCAUAAAAUUGCAAUCGCAGAAUAGGCCUCAAAGGUCAAGAAAGAAUCAAGAGGAGAAUAGUAACAAUAAUAGCAAUGCAUCAAAUUCAAAUGGCAAUGCUGAUGCUGCUCAAAAUGGUAGUAGCACAUCAAACAACAGGGAGGGCUCAGCGUCUACUGGGAACCCGACUCCUCCUGGGCAGUCAACUUCAAACCCCGCGUCUGUAAGAAGCACACCAUCCCCUGUGCCAUCCAAUAUCAGUUCUGUGUCAAAAAACACAAGCACAACUAAGCGGGCAAAGUCAAUUUUGACUUCAGAACGAAGUGAGGAAAGUGAAUCGAGUGAUGGCAGAACUGAAGGCGAGAACUCAAUGGAUACAGAAGGUGAAGGUGAGGUACUGAAUCCCAAUGAAAUAGAGCUGGUGUUCAAGCCGCACCCCACUGAGAUGACCGGGGACAACCAGCUCAUGAGGGCUCUGAGGGACAGCUCAGUGCGAUACUUGAAGACUACCGCUAAUGCCUCUGUGGAUCAUCUCAGCAAAUACCUAGCCAUGCGUCUGACUCUGGACCUGGAUGCAGAGCUGCCGGAAGCUUACCGGCUGCUCAACUUCUGCAUCUAUGUGGCUCCGUCACCUGGACAGUUUGUGCCGCUCGCUGGCUCGCAGACGUUGAGACAGAUUAAUGAUAAAUAUUGGAAGGUAAACAAGCCCCUGGAAAUGUAUUACUCCUGGAAGAAAACCUAGGAGUAACUUGUUAGUUGCAACUUGCAAGUUGCAGCUAAAGUGGUACAAUAGUUAAGAAUAUACCUAAAAUAUAACUUUUAUGCGAGACAUGGACUCUAUGUGAUAAUGUAUAUCAUAGAAAUAAGUGUAAUUAAUGGAAUUUUUAUUUUAUGAAUUCAAUUUAAUGUUAUUUUAAUUUUAUGAAUUUAUGCUGAUAUAAAUUUUAAUUAUUUUAUGAAUCUUCUCAAUACAAUACUGUAAAUUUGUAUUAUCUCAUAUUUUUAAGUUUUAAAUUUUCAAAUGAUUCUUCGAUAGUCUGUAUAAUGUAAAUAAUGAAAUUCAUUUUUUAAAUACAUAUGAUUUAUAAUAAUUAUUGUAAACUGUAUUAAUGUUUUAUCAUUGAACAUACUUUUACUCUAAUGUAAUAAUUUUAUUAAUUAUAAUUAAUGUAUAUUAAUGUGCAAAUAAAUGGAAUUCAAUUUUU